AUGAGUGGAAUGAAUUUUACAGAAAAAGUAGAAAAGAUAAUUGCAAGAGCACAAGCUUUAACUCGAGAAUUUGGCAACUCACAAAUCAUGCCUGCGCAUAUCGCGUGUGCCAUGUUUGAUGAAACAGAUGGUGCUGCCUUGUUCAGAUCUAUUAUCGAGAAGACAGGUGCAGAACCCACAACGGUUGAACGUGGAUAUAAAAAGAUGAUGGUCCAACUGCCCUCUCAGGAUCCAGCACCAACUGAUGUCACGAUUGGCUCACAGACAAGCAGAUUGUUACGUAACGCAGAGAAGCGCAUGAAAGACCAAAAGGAUACAUACAUCUCGGUUGAUCACAUCAUACUUGCUCUCUCCGAUGAUGAUACCACAUUCAAGCCAAUGAAAGAUGCUGGUAUUACCAAAAAGGCACUAGAAGCGGCCGUUAGUCAAGUACGUGGUAACCGUCGUGUGGAUUCAAAGAACGCUGAAGAAGUGUACGAGGCCCUAUCAAAAUACGCUAUUGAUUUGACCCAGAUGGCACAAAAUGGCAAGCUAGAUCCCGUCAUUGGUCGUGAUGAUGAAAUCCGCCGUGUGAUCCGUGUGCUGGCGAGAAGGACAAAGAACAACCCUGUACUGAUUGGUGAGCCUGGUGUUGGUAAGACAGCCAUUGUCGAAGGCUUGGCUCGUCGUAUCAUUGAACGUGAUGUGCCUCAGUCUCUCCAGUGCAAACUGUUCUCUUUGGAUAUGGGCGCCUUAAUUGCUGGUGCCAAGUAUCGUGGUGAAUUUGAAGAACGUCUCAAGGCUGUCUUGAAAGAAGUCAAGGAAUCUGAAGAGGGUAUCAUUUUGUUUAUUGAUGAAAUCCACACUGUUCUUGGUGCCGGUAAAGGUGAGGGUUCUAUGGACGCUGCCAAUCUGCUGAAACCUAUGCUGGCUCGUGGUGAAUUGCGAUGCAUUGGCGCUACAACACUUACUGAAUACCGUGAAAUUGAAAAAGAUCCUGCAUUCGAGCGUCGUUUCCAAAAGGUCGAUGUGGGAGAACCCUCAGUGGCUGCAACUAUCUCUAUUCUCCGUGGUCUCAAGGAACGUUAUGAAAACUAUCAUGGUGUCAAAAUCACAGAUUCUGCUCUCGUUUCUGCUGCUCAACUUUCAGAUCGUUAUAUCACAACUCGAUUUUUGCCAGAUAAGGCUAUUGAUUUGAUUGAUGAAGCUGCAGCCAACACACGUGUUCAACUUGAUUCUAAACCAGAAGAAAUCGAUGUGCUCGAACGUAAACGUUUCCAACUUGAAAUUGAAGUGAAGGCUCUUAGCAAGGAAAAGAAUAACAAGGAAUCAAAUGAACGUUUACAGGCAGUCAGAGAAGAGAUGGCCAGAAUUGACGAAGAAUUGAAACCUCUGAAGCUCAAGUACGAACUGACAAAGGGACGACUGGAUGAAAUUCGUGAUUUGAAGCAGAAACUCGAUGAACUCAAAUCAAAGGCUAUACAAGCUAGAAAUAACUAUGACCUGGAUACUGCUGCUGAUAUCGAGUACUAUGCCAUUCCUGAUGUCGAGCAGCGUAUUGCUGAGCUUCAAGCAGAAAAGCAACGCAAGAUAAGUGAAGAUUUGGCUAAUGAUCAACCAAGUGAUGCCAUCAUUUCUGAAGUGGUACGUCCUGAACAAAUCAUGGAGGUCGUCUCUCGAUGGACUGGUAUUCCCGUUCAAAACUUGGCCAAGAGCGAACGUGAGAAGCUGCUGACGAUGGAAACUGAAAUUGCUCGUCAUGUCGUUGGUCAGGAUGCUGCUAUCAAGGCUGUCUGCGAUGCUAUUCGUCUUUCCAAGGCUGGUUUACAAGAUCCUCGCAGACCAUUGGCUUCUUUCAUGUUCCUUGGCCCCACUGGUGUCGGUAAAACUCUUCUCUGCAAGACAUUGGCUGAAUUCCUAUUUAAUGACGAACGUGCCUUGAUUCGUAUCGAUAUGAGCGAAUUAAUGGAACAGCACAGUGUUGCUAAGCUGAUUGGUGCUCCACCUGGCUAUGUGGGUCACGAAGAAGGUGGUCUCUUUGAGUCUGUUCGUCGCAAACCUUACUCUGUUGUUCUUCUCGAUGAAUUGGAAAAGGCCCACCGAGACGUUGCCAAUGUUCUCCUGCAAGUUCUUGACGAAGGUUUCAUCCAUGACUCCAAAGGCCGUAGAAUUGAUUUCCGUAAUACAAUCAUUGUCAUGACCUCCAAUUUGGGUGCCAAUCUCUUGGCUGAUAAUGUUAAGGGUGAAGAAAUGAACAUUUUGAAAGAACAAAUCAUGGAAGUUGUCCGCAAGCACUUUAGUCCUGAAUUCACCAACCGUAUUGAUGAAGUUGUCAUCUUCAAUCGUCUCACUCAAACCAACAUCACCAAUAUUGUGGAUGUUCGUCUUAAAGAAAUCGAAGAUCGUCUUGCUGACCGUCGUAUUACCCUUCAAGUCUCUCAAGCUGCAAAGGAAUGGCUUGGUGCUCAUGGUUAUGAACCCAUCUUUGGUGCUCGUCCACUGAACCGUUUGAUCCAGCAAAAGGUUCUUAAUCAAUUGGCCAAAUUAAUUAUUGAUGGUGGUAUUCGUAAUAACGAGGUGGCCAAGGUUGAUAUUUCUUCAGAUGGUAGUACAAUAGAAAUUGCUCGUAAUCAUGAAAGUGAAGCAGGUUACGUAGUUGAAGAGCCAAUGGAUGAAGAUCAAGACCUUGAUAUGGAUUAA